AGUUUGGAUUCAGUCAGUUAUCAAACAUGGCGGCUGACAAGUAUUUACAAUGAAAAGCAGGAUUGGAUCUUUGCCGAUUGCUGAAAGCUAUUUUUGAUGACAGAUCAAUCCAAAAGAAUGAUUCGCUAACAAUAUUUCUUGGCUCUGUAGUGGUGUUUGAUGAGACACCAUGUCUGCCAAGCACAGAAAGGAGUCAAGCGAUGAAACAGAAAGUUCAACAGCUCCCGACAGUACGACCAGAGAAAAGCUGGGGUUCUCCAUUGGAGAUGAGGUGCUGUUGAACCGAAAGGAUGGCAAUUUCUAUCUGGGAACUGUUGUCGAGUUGGACAACGUGCGCGAGCAAUGUCUGAUCAAGUUUGAUGACAACACGUCGAGCUGGUCACACGUGAAACACGUGACACGUCUGUCUCCCGUGGGUGAUGGAUUCGACGACGACGUGGUGAUGUGUGUCGUGUGCAAGCAGAGUGAGCCACAGGCCACUAUUGUCGUCUGCAACCGGUGUGCACGGGGCUACCAUCAGCUGUGUCAUCAGCCGGCAAUCAGCAGUGACAGCAUGCGUAAAUGGCAAUGUCGCCGUUGUCAGGUGCCGCUGAUUGAUGAGCUGCGUGCCUACCGCAAGAAGGCCAAAACCAAAGCUGCAUCGCCCACUAAGAAGACAGCUGCUGCUGCACCCAAUGCAGCUGUAGAUGCACCCAAUGCAGUUGCAGAUGCUCCAAAUGCAGCUGCAGUCCAGUUGAGGUCAUCAGGGCAGCAGGAGAAUGCAAGACUCCAGCCGGAGUCGAAUCCUAGGUUGCAGUUGCCCUACGAUUUGAAAAGCCUGGUGUGGGACGAACAGCACGAGGUGAACUCUCAGCAGAAAUACUGCUAUUGUGGUAGCAGUGGAGACUGGUACCUGAAGAUGUUGCAGUGUUCUCAAUGCAGGCAGUGGUUCCAUGAGCGCUGUGUUUCCUGUCUACAGUACCCGCUCUAUUUGGGCGAUAGGUUCUAUGUGUUUGUGUGUGGCGUAUGUAACGUGGGUGUCGAGUUUGCGCGUCGUCUGGAGGUGGGUUGGGUGGACCUGGUGCAUUUGGCACUGUUCAAUAUGACUGUGUGCCGCGCCGAGAAGUACCAUCACAUCGACCAGCACAUCAACUAUUUCAUCAACUGUAACUGGACCAGUCUACAAUUGCCACCAAAGAUUAGUAAAGUCCGGCCAAAAGAAAGAAAAACUAUUAUCACAAAUGUACUUAUAAAAAAUAGCUCUAGGUUUAAAAGUGCGCGCGAACUGAAGAAGAACAGCUCAUUGUGGGGACUGCGCAUGCGUGUACCACCCCCUCCACCACCCGUACCGCGGCUGCCAACCCUCCCCACCGCCACCCCUCUCACAGAGCAACGGCUACUCAACGCCAACCCUACCUGCAAGUUCCUACCACACAGGCCAGUUGCUUCGCCACAAAAGACUGAUGUAAAGAACCACGUGAACCAGAGCAACCACAACCACAAUGGGGAUAUUGUGGAAGGCAUUCUGCCCAAGGCGUGGCGAUCGGACAAGGUGCAGGCGGGCAUUAAGAUGCUUCAUAUAGAUGCCAGGCCCCUACUGCUGCCUAAGGGCAUGCCUGCUACCGGCCAUAAGGUUUGUAUAAAGAGUUCGGUGCCGUGCUUUCCGGAGUCGCGGUCGCAAAUCGAGAAGCGAAUCAGAGCGCAAAAGGCUGAAAACAAAAAGAUGAAAGACUUGCUGGCGCGCAAAGCCAGGAAACUGCUCAAAGAUGCCAUUGCUACCAGUCAAAAAAUGAGCGCCGACCUCCCACUAACCCCUCCCUCGUCCGACACGCCCCCUAGCAGCGGCAGCAGCAACAACACCACCCCCCCUAGGGGCAACGACCCGCCCACCACUGCCAACACCAUAUCGCUCGUGUCCACCGAUGAGGAGGAGGAAGAGGAGGAGGAGGAGGAUGAUAGCGAUGGGGAGGAGAGUGAUGAUGAGGAGGAUGACGAUGAUGAUGAUGAUACAACGUCUCACGGCACGCUGGAUUCGAUUAUACCGCCGCCCAAGGAUUUCCAAGGCAAAAACAAUCCGUUCAGUGUAGCCGAGUUGCUAGGUGGUGUUGCCGACGAAACUGAGGCAACCCUGGAGCAACCCGAGUUGCCUAGCCUGGCAGCCGAAAUCCCGUUGCCGAUCACACUCACCCCAGUAGUCACCCUACGGCCCACAAAGCGGCGACUCAGCGAGAAAGAUAUUCGGAUAAACAGGAACGGAGAAGUGAAGCGGAGACGUCUACGGAGACAGUGUGUCAACAAGAAAAAGAUGAACGGGUUCUACGGCGGGGUGAUGACGUCACACCUUACAACCGUCUACGGCGGCCAAAUUGUGAAUGGGAAACGGUUGAGGAGUAGUGCGGUGACGUCAUCUUCGUCGCCAGUGAAAAGUGAGGGUUCACAGAGGGGCGGAGGUGUGGCGAUCUCUCUGAGUGAUAUCAAGAAUUCGGUGAAUCAUUAUUUUGGCGCCGAAAAUAGGAUUGCUAGAGGGGAGAGGUAUACGGUGAGGGCUAAGAGGGUGGUGGAAGGGCGGACUGAGUAUUUGAUCGAGUGGGGAGGGACAUAAUAAUGGCUGAAUUAGGGGUGGAAAGGUUGCUUCCAGGUAUUUAGUUAAAUGAGGUCGCUUUAUCCAAAGUUUGUUCAACUAUUAAACCCGUUUAAUCAAUGUAUGGUUUCAUUCAUUAUAAUGUGUUGUAAUUGAGCCAGCUGAUGGUUUAAACUAGUGA